UGGGUUAGUUUGCUAGUCUGAAAACUUAAUGUACUAGUUGGGGUAAGGCUAAAUAAAUUGCUAUAACAAAAAGACUCAAGAGGAAGGUGAGUUAAAGAAUAAUGAGUUUAUUUCUCCUACUAGCAGUUCCAAGGUGAGUGAUCCUGUUUGUUGAUGAGGCUCUGUUCUACAUGAUCCCUCCAGAGACAAGUUUUUUCAGUUGUAUUAUUUUGCCAUGUUUUAGGGCAUAUACAGGUUUCAUCUACGGAAAGGGAAAAGGGAACAUGAAGGAGGAGUCAUGCCUGGUUUCUUAAUAUUCAGGCAUGGGAGUGGCACUGAUGUCUUCUGCCCAUAUUCUCUUGGCACCUUGCUGUGACAAGUUGUAUACUUGCCGGUUGUGUCAUGAUAACAAGGAAGAUCAUCAGCUAGAUCGCUUUAAAGUAAAGGAAGUACAGUGCAUAAAUUGUGAAAAAAUUCAACAUGCCCAACAGACUUGUGAAGAGUGUAGCACAUUGUUUGGAGAAUAUUAUUGCAGUAUAUGCCAUCUGUUUGACAAAGACAAGAAGCAGUAUCAUUGUGAAAACUGUGGAAUUUGUAGGAUAGGUCCAAAGGAAGAUUUUUUCCACUGUUUGAAAUGUAACUUAUGCCUAGCUAUGAAUCUCCAAGGAAAGCACAAGUGUAUUGAAAAUGUUUCCCGGCAGAAUUGUCCAAUAUGUUUGGAGGACAUUCACACAUCUCGUGUUGUUGCCCAUGUCUUGCCAUGUGGACAUCUUUUACAUAGAACAUGUUAUGAAGAAAUGUUGAAAGAAGGCUACAGAUGUCCAUUAUGUAUGCACUCUGCUUUAGAUAUGACAAGGUACUGGAGACAGCUGGAUGAUGAAGUAGCACAGACUCCGAUGCCAUCUGAAUAUCAGAACAUGACUGUAGAUAUUCUCUGCAAUGAUUGCAAUGGAAGAUCUACAGUCCAGUUCCAUAUAUUAGGCAUGAAGUGUAACAUUUGUGAAUCCUACAAUACUGCUCAGGCUGGAGGAUGUAGAAUUGCAGUAGAUCAGCAGUGACCAGCAUAUACUGCACUGGAAAACUCAGCAUUUUCUGAUAGAACAAAGCUAUCUUUAGUAUCCUAUUGUCAUAAUGUGUCAGAAUCUAUGCAUUAGAGUUGAUGUGUUUUGUACUGGUGUCACAGCAUAAAGUCAUAUUACAAAUACUUAAGGAUUCAGGGUCUCUUUAUAGAAUUAUCAUAUCUCUAUAUUUAAUGAACACCACUGCACCUAUGUUUUGAUUGAAAAUUCCUUUAGUGUCAGUUGUUUGGAAGAAGCCAAUGAUGUUUGCCACUAAAACUUACAUCCAUAGAAAUAUGUUAUACAUUCAUGGAACUUUGCUUUAAAUGGCAUUCUGCAUGUAGAAUUCAUUUCUAGUUUGACAGAACUAUAAUUAAUUCUAAGUAUUAUUCUUGACUUUUUAAGGGCUGUACUAUAAAAUGAAUAUGUUCUAUCUUACUGUUAAAAUCUAAUUCCUUAGAAACUUCUAAGGCAGUCCUUUGGAUCUUGUAAAUGUGAAUUUUGACAUAAUAACUGCUAAUAAAAUUAUAUUGAAACAGUG